CCAUCUCUUUUGAAGCCAGCCAUGGACCUGCAACAAAGGGAAACAAGGUCAGUUCAAGUCCAUAUCAAGCCUAAAGUCCAAGUUCAAGCACAGGCUACAAGACUAGAGCCCACAUGUGAGCCAACCAAAAGCAGAGCCAGCCCACAAGGAUCAGUCAAGGCUCGAUCAAGGCCCAAUUCUAAGGCAAGCCCACAUGGUUAGAAACGACCCGGCCAGCUCAAAAACGACCAAAUCCAACCGACCGUUCGAACCAGAAUUGGUCUGGCCAAACCCAGACACCACCGCCUCAUUUUUCUAUAAAAGGAGGCCCAAUUCCCAAGGAGAGGGGACAGCUUUUCAGAAGGGGAAAAGAUUGGGGGGAAACACUUUCAUUUCUUUCUGUCAGUUCAGAGUUCUUUUCUUCUCUUCUUGGUCAGUUUAUAGUGGUUUUCUGUUUUUGGUUGGUUCUGGGGAAAAUAGAGAGAGGGGGGCAAACACUGUUCUUCCAUUUUCAUUUUUUGUAAUAGAAGCAGAAGAUUCCCAGCCUAACAAAGGCAUAAGAAAACUUGCAAAUCAA